CUUAAACCUAUUGUUUAUCUACCAAUCAUUUUCGAUAGGAGGUGGAGUUCCAGCGAUGUUAUGUUUUUGCACUUUUAAUUUUGCAGUUAAAAAAAAUGAAUGUUAAGAAAUAAAAAAUGAUACAGCCUGUAGUGAAAGAGUUUGAAUUCAAAUAUGGACGAGAUAAAAAGGAGAAAUCUGUCCUACUUUCAGUACCCAUUCCAGUAUCUAUCAGCAUUCCAGAAUUGGGAUCCUGUUUGAUGUCUCAAAAUAAAAUUCCAUUUUUUGUUGAAGAUGAAUUGCACAAGAGCUUGGAAACAUUUAUAGCAAAAGAAACUUCUAAAUAUUAUGAUCAAAUAGAUUUGAAAGCAAUAAAAGUAAUACAAGAUGCCGAGAGUACUGAGAUCGAUCAACUUAUAGAAAAGUGGGCUAAAGCUUUUAAAGAG